AACAAAAACCAACCAUAUGACUCCUGCUACUACUCCCAGCUCCACCAUUCCCUCCUUCUUCUUCAACAAUGCCUGAACAAGUUAAUCCCACCCCUCCGGUCGACCCGAAAUCCGGCUACUGCCCCGAAACCAAAACCUACCACUCCCUCCGCCCCCCGGUCCCACUCCCGCCACUCUCCCAGCCCCUCUCUCUCGCCCACUACACCCUCUCCCUCCUCCACUCCUCCUCCACCGACCCCACCACCCCCGUCCUCAUCGACGCCUCCACCGCCCGCCACCUGUCCUACUCCGAAUUCCUCUCCCACUUCCACUCCCUCACCUCCUCCCUCUCCUCCCUCCUCUCCAAGUCCCAAGUCGCCUACAUCCUCUCCCCUCCUUCUCUCCACAUCCCCGUCCUCUACUUCUCUCUCCUCGCCUUGGGCGCCGUCGUCUCCCCCGCCAACCCAAUCGGGUCGGACUCCGAGAUCGCUUACCAAGUCAAACUCACCCGACCCGCAAUCGUCUUCGCCACGUCAGCCACCGCCAGAAAGCUCCCGGAAGGCGUCAGAACCAUCCUCCUCGACUCCCCGGAGUUUCUCUCCAUGCUCGAAAGCCCGAGAAGCUUAACCCGGAAACCCGACCCGGUUGAGGUUUUCCAGACCGACCCGGCCGUGAUUUUAUACUCGUCCGGGACGACGGGGCGGGUCAAGGGAGUGAUUCUGACUCACCGGAAUUUUAUUGCUCUGAUCGCUGGGAUGCAUGCGGUGAGGAUUGAACCCGACCCGAAUGAGCCGGUGGUCCAGGCGGUGUCGAUGUUCACGCUGCCGCUGUUUCACGUGUUCGGGUUCUUCAUGUUGGUCCGGGCUGUUUCGAUGGGCGAGACGCUGGUUUUGAUGGAGAGGUUUGAUUUCGAAGGGAUGUUGAAGGCGGUGGAGAGGUUUAAGGUGACGUACAUGCCGGUGUCGCCGCCGCUGAUUGUGGCGUUGGCUAAGUCGGAGCUGGCGGAGAAGUAUGACCUCAGCUCGCUUAGGCUUCUCGGCUGCGGCGGAGCUCCGCUGGGGAAAGAAACGGCUGAGAGAUUCGUGAAGAGAUUUCCCAAUGUGGAAAUUGUGCAGGGAUAUGGUUUGACUGAAUCUGGAGGAGGGGCUACAAGGAUGGCAGACCCUGAAGAGGCAAAGCAGUAUGCUUCUGUAGGCCGCUUGGCUGAAAAUCUGGAAGCCAAGAUUGUUGAUCCCGACACUGGAGAGGCCUUGCCCCCUGGCCAAAGGGGAGAGCUGUGGUUGCGAGGUCCUACAAUAAUGAAAGGUUAUGUAGGAGAUGAUAAGGCAACUGCUGAGACCUUGGAUAAAGACGGGUGGUUAAAGACUGGCGAUCUUUGUUAUUUUGACAACGAGGGGUUCUUGUACAUUGUAGAUAGGUUAAAAGAAUUGAUAAAGUACAAGGCUUAUCAGGUACCCCCAGCUGAGUUGGAACAUAUACUUAACUCGCAUCCUGACAUUGCUGAUGCUGCUGUGAUUCCGUACCCUGAUGAAGAAGCAGGGCAGAUUCCCAUGGCCUAUGUUGUUAGAAAACCCGGAAGCAAUAUCACCGAGGCUAUAGUAACGGAUUUUGUUGCAAAACAGGUUGCACCAUACAAGAAGAUUCGGCAUGUAUCAUUCAUCAACUCUAUUCCGAAAUCUCCAGCUGGAAAGAUUUUGAGAAGGGAGCUAGUUACUCUUGCACUAUCUAGUGGCUCAUCCAAAUUAUGAUGCUACUAUUCAAACAAAGGAAGUGAGCUCACUGAGCAUUUCAUUCAAUUUGGCAGAUUAACCUGUUCAUAUUCUUUAGCGUGUAAAUCACAGUUGGUGAGUUUCUGAUCAAAGUUCCACCAAGUAAGCCUACUGUAAAAUCCUCUUUCUUUAAAUAUUAUUGUGUAUCCGAACAUCUUUUGUAUGAGAGUUUGAAGUUCAUAAUGAAAGACCCUUUUGUAGC